AUGGACGGAUGCGAUCUUCAAAGGUUGUUCUCUGCGUGUGACGUGAAUAAAACGGGUAGGAUCGAAUAUGAAGAUUUUAUAGUUGUUUGUCAAGAGCUCAAUGUCCCCAGCACCGAGGUGCGGCUAUUAUUUAACAAGUUUGAUGAGGAUGAAGAUGGAUAUGUAGACUUCGGCGACUUCUCGGCGCGAUUUGACGAGGUCUCGGCGGCUCUGGACUUGGCCUCUUUUGGAGAGGUUCGGGGCCAGAGAAGCCCUUGGGACGAAUUCCUGGAUCGAAUGAACGGCGAAAUGCCUUUCUUGGGAAGUACCCGAGAGCGCCUGGCUGCGUUGUAUCAGCAGAUUUACUGUGCCUCAGAUGCAGCAUUGCUGCAGCAGUAUGAGGCUCUGAUCGAAUCCCUGGAGAGCGAGAUGAGGGACCAGCAUUUGGAGAACCAACGACUAGUGACGAGCCUGAGACGGUUGGAGGAGGUGACCACGCGUCAGCUGACUGAGCUGGAGGAAGACCUGCAACAGCAGCUUGCCUGUGUGGAGAAGAGGGUGAAAGAUGAGGAGCGCCGGCGGUCGCAGGCCACCAUCACCGCCAUGGAGCAGAGACACAUGGGCAAGGUGGCAGACCUGCAGGCCACUAUUGAGACACUGAAAAAGAAUCAAGAAGAAUCCUGGCGCAGCAGUUCUAGAGUGGAUGUCUACCAGCUGAAAAGUCAGAUUCGAGAGAUGACUCAGGAAAACGAACAGCUGCGGAGUUCUCUCUUGAAAGCUCAGGGGAACAUCUCUGUCAUGCAGACGGAGCUGGACAAACAGUGUGUGUCUGAUCAGAGUCCAGAGUGCAUGAGGGAGAACCAGGACCUGGAAAAGAUGUUGGACGAAUGCUCAUCCUAUCCCAGUCAUAUUAAAGUCCUCCAGGAAAUGAACAAAAAGCGACAUGACAGCAAUGAUGGAUUGCGCUCCGCUUUGGUCAGGAGUGGGGGGUCGGGCGAAUGGAAGAGCGUUACAGAUCCAUGUUCCAGACAGGGCGUUGCUGUCCCACCUUUGUGCAAGAUCACCUCCAACCAUGAGGAUGUCUGUAGGGACCUGAAGCCCGUUCGACAGAGUACACUGAACUACAGCAGCUUUGAGAAUGAGGAUGAAAGCAUGGCCGUUGGUUGGUGUGAAGUGAAGCACUCGUGUGUAGCCAGCUGGAGGGAGAGGUGCACGGACAGCGGCCUUUCGCUGUUUACUGACAGGGAUGCCAGCUUGAGCAGUGACUAUGACAGCGACGACAGCCAGGACUCCGUGGAGACAGUGCACCACGGCGACUCCUGCUCUUCCUCCAAUGCCGAGGGGUUGGACUCAGCAGCUCCCAGCAUAUGCAGCUCCAGGUCCUUCACUCGCCGACGCCUCUCUGCUUUCUAUCCACAGGAGGGGGUUGCUGAAGAUCCACAGGAGGAAGACAUCCCCGUGUACAGGCUGGUUCUGGCGGGAGACGCGGGCUCGGGGAAGUCCAGCUUCCUACUGCGACUGAGUGUGAACGAGUUUAGAAAGGAUAUGCAGACGACACUGGGAGUAGAUUUUCAAGAAAUGAAGAUGCUAGUAGAUGGAGAGAAGACUAACUUGCAAAUCUGGGACACUGCAGGACAAGAGAGGUACCGGAGCAUCUCAAGGUCCUACUUCCGCAAAGCGCAGGGCGUGCUGCUGCUAUAUGAUGUCACCUCCGAGACGAGCUUCCUCAACAUCCGAAACUGGAUGGCCCAGAUACAGGAGUCUGCAGAGGAGCAUAUUCCCAUGUGUCUUAUCGGAAACAAGGCAGACUUGCGAACUGAGCAGCCCGAGGACAGCUGUGUGAGCACUGCACAUGGGGAGAGGCUGGCCAGGAUGUACAAUGCCCUUUUCUGCGAGACCAGCGCUAAAGAGGGAACCAAUAUCGUUGAGGCAGUCCUCCAUCUUGCCAGAGAGGUGAAGAAGAAUACCUGUAUGAAACCGAAGCCAGAACCACAGCUGGGCCUGAAUCUGGAAGAAGACAGGAAGCUUCUCAGCUGCUGUGGCAUAUAGCCACCCAGCCCCCCCCACACAAAGCAUCAAUGCCACUGCAGAUUUUGGGCCAAAGCUGGCACAGAGUUCAUCCAAAGUUUCAGCUUGCGAGGAUCAAUGACGUCCUUGCACAACAGUUCAUCCUAGGUCAUAGAUGUCCUUCACACUGCCUGGCACUCAUAAACUUGUUUUAAAAAAUUUCCCCACCAGGGCAAGUGUUGAAUUUCUUGGCCUCUUUUUAAGAAAGCCUUGGUUA